GUGCAUAUUAGCAGAUUCCUUUCAUACACACAGCCAGACUGAGAGAAUCCACCGUGCAGGACACUUCCUUCUACCCAGAUCCACAGCUAUUCUACAUACUGAACUACUUCAAUGGCAACGUCAGAUGUUACCAUUACAUCCACUUUACUACCCACUUCUGCCAUAUCAGCAACGCCAAGCACUGAUGGCCUAUUAACAGCCACUUCACCAAUCACUUCUGACAUAUCAACAGCCACUUCACCAAUCACGACUGACAUAUCAACAACCAUUUCACCGAGCACUGCUGAUAUAAUAACAGCCACUUCACCAAUCACGACUGACAUAUCAACAACCAGUUCAUCAACCACUAAUGGCAUGUUAACAAUUACUACAGGAGGGUACCCUGAAAUAAGCACGACAAGCAGCGCAACUACAAAUCUAAUUACUACAGGAGGGUACCCUGAAAUAAGCACGACUUUACUUACAACAAAUACUACUUUUCCUGUAACAACAAGCAGCUUACCCGCAAAUCUAACCGCUUCAACACCACAUAAUAAUGCAUUAGCAAUUGGUCUUGGUGUUGGGAUACCCUGUGGAGUGUUGCUCCUUGUCGCCAUUGCUUUUUUGAUCUACUUUCUCAUAAAGCAUAAAAAACCUAUGUCUCCACACAACACCAAGACGGAAGAGAUACCUACUACAGAGAAUCAAUAUGAAACUGUCAUGCCACGGGUUAGAAAACCAAAUGAUUAUGUUAACAUUUCUUUUGACCCCUAUGAAACGGCACCAGAUGAGCCUCUGUAUGAAAGGACAUUAAAUAUAAACUGAACAAACGUGCAAAGUAUAAAAAAGUCAGCAAUGUUUUUUAUUAUACAAGAUUCAAAAUAUAUUUUACAUUGUAUUUUCUGUCUUAUAGUUCAAACACCAUUAAUGACAUUAAAUGAGGAGAAAAUGUGUAAUGACAGGGGGGUGCCAAAGUUAGGCACCCCCAAUAAUUAUAAUUGCGUACCUGAGACCAGAUUCUGUUCACUGACAACUACAGCAGUCUGGGGUACUUCUGUGGGGGGGCCACAUUGCAAACUUCUUCCACUCCUUAGAUCUCCAUUGCGGCCCCAGGCAGGUUGCACAUGGGCAGUAGAAUAAAAAGCCAUCUUUUUGUGUUUAAGUUUUGUUUUUUUUUACUGUUCUAUGCACCUGGACUGGUCCAUAGAGAGGAUUCAGUAAGAAAAAGAAGAAUAUGGCAGCUUGGUCCUGCUACAGUAGUAGCUACAA